AUCCAGGUGUGCAGUUCCCAUCUACCUGGCUAUUGUUCUCAGACUGGGCCUAAAGUCUGCAUGCAACUAUAAACAGCUAUCUUGAGAUGUCCAUGCCAAGUGGAGGUCUGCUGCUGUUAGUGAUCAUUCUACAAAGUUCACCCCAGGUCACCCAACCACUGCAACAUCUCAACUUACCCGAGUCCCAUCUCCCGUACUUCUUCUCUUCCCAUCAUGCACUGGCAAGGGCUUGUGAGCAGGAUGACGAGUGCCCAUAUAAGGAAUACAUUGGUAAGAAGGUGUGCUGGGGGUACGAGAAAAACUGCAAGAAGAAAAACAGGUUUCUCAACCCAACAUGUACAAUAGCCAACACUGGAUGGGGAAAAGCUCAUACCAUUGAGGAGACUGCAGACCUGUUCUGGAAGGAGGCUGACUAUGGCUACGUAUGGGAGAGACUACAGGAGAUGACAGUCAUGUGUAAACCACAGCGAGAGGGUGACUCGUCCCUUAGUUGUGUCAAACACACACGAUACUGCAGGGCCACAAACAUCUACAUGGACUUUGCUAACCUGGACUCAGACAAUAACAGUAACAGGUACAGGGAGAAUUUGUUCAAUGCUGGCCAAAUUGGAGGACACUGCAAACUGUACCCCAGAAGGCUGUCUGCAGAAGGAGACCACAAAAGUGCACUGCAGUCUUGGUAUGCAGAGUUGGAGAUGUUUUCGUCGCUGCCUUUCCGGCCGAUCCAUGAUGACAAGUGUGACAUUGUGUUGGACAAGCCAACUUACCUCAUGAAACUGGAUGCUGGUGUGAACAUGUACCAUCAUUUCUGUGACUACAUCAACUUGUACGCCUCACAGCACAUCAAUGGGUCUUUCUCUCAGGAUGUCAACAUCAUCAUGUGGGACACGAGUGGACUUGGGUACGGAGAUAUCUUCAGUGACACCUGGAAGGCCUUCUCAGACUAUCCUAUCAUUCACCUGAAGGAGUAUGAUGGCAAGAAGUUGUGCAUCCGUGAUGCUGUAUUCCCGUUGCUGCCCCGCAUGCAGUAUGGCAUGUACUACAACAUGCCUCUUGUCCCAGGAUGCAGUGGAACAGGCCUGUACAAAGCAUUCUCAGAGCAUGUGUUACAUCGACUGAACAUCACACAGCAAGGGCCGCUGGAUAAGGUACGAGUGACUCUCCUGAGCAGGUCAACAAAGUGGAGAAGGAUCCUCAAUGAAGAAGAGCUGCUGAGUGCAAUGAAGUCUGAAAGCAGACUGGAAGUGAGGAGAGUGGACUACAACUGGAAAAAGAUGUCCUUCCCAGAACAACUUAAGGUAACCCAGAACUCAGACCUGCUGAUAGGCAUGCACGGAGCUGGACUCACCCAUUCACUGUUCUUGCCAGACUGGGGCGUGUUGUUUGAGCUUUACAACUGUGAGGAUCCUCGCUGUUACAAAGAUCUGGCCCGCCUGCGUGGGGUGAAAUAUUACACAUGGGAGAAACAGGAGAAAAUCACACAGACGGAAAAGGGAUCCCAUCCAAGUGUCGGGGAACAUGCCAAGUUCGUGAACUACGGGUUCGACCCUGCCGAGUUCAUGAGAAUUGUGCAGAAUGCUGCUGACUACAUCCAGGGCCAUCCCCAGUUUGUAGCCAAACAAAACAAGAUGAACGGAAGUGGGGAUCGCCACACUGAGUUGUAACAGGGUUCUAGCCAGCGUCCGUCCUUUGAUGGAAUUUUGCUGCCGGGGAUGGUCAUAAAUUUUGCCCAUUCCGUCCUCUAUGAUGGACAAAAAUCGGCAUGUUAAGAUAUUAAAACAGAUGCAACUGAACCAAUCAGAGUCUACAGGCAAAAUUUGCCCCGCACAAUGCAGGAAAUAGCAUUUCGGAGGGUCUAGAUUUCAAAUUUUUCUAGGAGGAAAAUGCUCCUGGACCCCAUAUCUAUACUUUUGUUGUACCUUUGUCACUCUAAAGGUUUUCCAAAUUCAAAAUCCAUGGGACAGAAAAAAUUUCAGGCUGGCUGGAACACUGACUAUUUUUGAAAGAAUUUGGUGAUUUUAUGCAAUUUUAUUCUGAAAUGUGCUUUCCUCAGGUAUUCAUUCAAUUUAGGUCAAUUAAGAGAGUAAUGAAAUUUUAUACUGAAAUUCCAGUGGUUAUUGAAUUACUGGCUACUACAGCAGUUACUGGCUACUACAGUAGUAACUGGCUACUACAGCAUCAAGUUACCAAAUAAGAUGUCUGAAUUUUAAAGAAUUCCUAUUGCUUGCAACAUUUCCUCAAAUGAGAAAUUAAUCGGGAUAUUAUAGAUUCUAAUGUAUUAUUUUAUUGCAUUAUUUAUGGCAUUGUUGUGCAAACAGUGGAAUAUCAAACAGUUACAUACUCAUGUUUGUAAACUUCAGGGAACGAUUAUGUGCCAAAGAGCUGAAAAAAUAAGGGAGAUGAUAUUCUAAAAGCUAGUUUACUAUACCUGUAUGGGUAAGAAUAUCUUUAUGUACAAUGUACAUUGUACUGAAUAGGCUUUUGUGCCAGACUUGUAGCAAUGAAGAAGAAAAUGUGAAUUAUUGUUUCUUGUAGCUUCAAGUUAGAGAAACUUGAUGUAAGAGAAUCUACAAUGUAGUCAGGCCUGUCUCCAGGACUCAUCCCUCGUCCAGGGAUGGAAAUUUGCUUGUUGGGAAAAAA